AGGGAUCAGUUCUCCGAGCUGGUGGGGCAGGACCGGGACAGGAGAGCGAACGGAGGGCUCUUCUGCGGCAAAGUAAGCGCGUAUCCAGGGGCUUUAUUCCCCGUUUCUAACCCCCCUUUUUGUUCUUCUUUCUCCGCGUCUGUGGAAAUGAGGACAUAAUCCACGCGGGACCAGCUGCGCACAAACACUUCUGAAGUUGGAGAGAAUUUGGAGCGGCGAAGAAGAAGAAGAAAAAGAAGAAGAAGAUGGAGGGCUUGAAGAUCGUGGCACUGUGUUUUCUAUUCGGGGCCCUGAGCAACGCCCAGGCCCCUGAGUGCAGCAAGAAGAGAGAGUGUCCCAUUGACGUGUACUUCACCAUCGACACGUCAGAGACCAUCGCCCUGCAGGAGACACCACCCGGAUCCCUCGUGGAGAGCCUCAAGACCUUCAGUGAGCGCUUUGCCGAACGGUUAGAGGACGCCGAACUUCAAGGCACCGUGCGAAUCAACUGGAAUAUCGGCGGACUGCACUUCUCCCAGACACAGCAGGUGUUCAGCCGCAUGGGCUCCAAGAACGAUUUCAUCAACGGUGUCAGGGGAAUCCGUUACCUCGGGAAGGGCACCUACACGGACUGCGCCCUCACCAACAUGACCCAGGAAAUGCGACGCUCGCCCUUCUACCCCAACGCUCUGAGGUUUGCCGUGGUCAUCACCGACGGCCACGUGACCGGCAACCCCUGCGGGGGCAUCAAAGUGGCGGCGGAAAGGGCUCGGGACGAGGGCAUCCGCAUUUUUGUGGUGGCGGCUUCCAAGAACAUCGACGAGACGGGACUCCGGGAGAUUGCUAACACUCCGGCGACAGUCUACAGGAGGGACUUCAUGGCUGUGGACUUGAGCUCGGGCAGAGCUGUGAUCCAGACGGACACCAUCGACCGCAUCAUUAAGACCAUGAAACAUUUAUCAUACAUAGAGUGCUACAAAGUGUCCUGCCUCGAAACAGCCGGUCCACUCGGUCCAAAAGGCCACAGAGGACAGAAAGGUGCCAAAGGAGACAAUGGUGACCCAGGUCCGAAAGGACAGAGAGGUCGUCCAGGUGACCCAGGUAUUGAAGGACCCAUCGGUCAGCCCGGUAUUAAAGGAGAGUCGGGUCUUAAAGGCGACAAGGGAGAGCUGGGCACUCAAGGGAAAAAGGGUGUAGCCGGUAUCGCAGGGCGCAAUGGGACAGACGGACAGAAAGGUAAAAUCGGACGGAUCGGUGCUCCUGGCUGCAAAGGAGACUCAGGCGACAGAGGUUCGGAUGGUCACCCUGGAGACGUUGGUGAAUAUGGUCUUCCUGGAACUGCUGGAGAUAAGGGAGAUCCGGGACGUCCAGGAAGAUCUGGUCCUUCUGGCCCUCCUGGUGAAGGUGGACCAAAGGGAGAAAGGGGAAGUUCUGGAUCACCUGGCCAACCUGGACAGAAAGGAACUGCUGGUACUCCUGGACUUCCUGGGAAUAGAGGAGAGCCAGGAAGGCGAGGAGAUUAUGGAACCAAAGGCGCUCAAGGACCAGAUGGGCCUAACGGAGAAAAGGGUGAAAUGGGCUCAGAAGGCCUGAGGGGGCUUCCAGGCGAAUCAGGAAACAAAGGAUCAAAGGGCGACAAUGGUCUUCCAGGUCCAAGAGGACCACCAGGAAUCCCAGGAGAGGCUGGACGCAAUGGUACAAGAGGUGAUGCUGGCGAUGCUGGACCAAGAGGAGAUCCAGGAUCAGUUGGACCUAAGGGAGACCCUGGAAGACCUGGUUUCAGCUAUCCUGGACCAAGGGGAUCAUCGGGUGAAAGAGGAGAGAAGGGAAACCGUGGACCUCGUGGCAGUAGAGGGGACUGCGGUCCGAAGGGUGAGCCUGGAACUAAAGGACCCUCAGGAGAGGCCGGUGAACCAGGACCUAAUGGAGAGCCUGGAACCCGUGGACCCAGAGGAGACGCUGGGCGCGAUGGGGACCCGGGUCAUGAAGGAGAUCCUGGCCUCACAGAAUGUGAUGUCAUGAGCUACAUCAGGGAAACAUGCGGCUGCUGUGAUUGUGAGAAGCGGUGCGGCGCUUUGGACAUCGUGUUCGUCAUCGACAGCUCCGAGUCCGUGGGCCUGACCAACUUCACCCUGGAGAAGAACUUUGUCAUCAACACCAUCAACCGACUGGGAUCUCUCGCCAAGGACCCCCAGUCGGAAACAGGCACAAGAGUGGGAGUGGUUCAGUACAGUCACAGCGGAACGUUCCAGGCCAUCCGACUCGAUGACCCCAAGAUUGAUUCGCUUUCCUCAUUCAAGGAUUCCGUGAAGCGCAUGGAGUGGAUCGCCGGGGGAACCUGGACUCCCUCUGCUCUGAAGUACGCCUACGACAACCUGAUCAGGGACAGCCGUAGAGCCAAAGCCAACGUCACCGUGGUGGUCAUCACUGACGGACGCUUCGACCCCAGAGACGACGACUCCUUGCUCACCUACCUCUGCAGUGAUCCCAGUGUGGACGUGAGCGCCAUCGGUAUCGGAGACAUGUUCGACCAGAUUGAGGAGAACGAGAUUCUGAAGAGCAUAGCCUGCCAGAGGGACGGCAGAGUUCUGGGCAUGAGGCGCUUCGCCGACCUGGUGGCCGAGGAGUUCAUUGACAAGAUUGAAACCGUGCUCUGCCCAGAUCCUGUGGUUGUAUGCCCUGACCUCCCAUGCAAGACAGAGCCCGAUGUGGCCAGCUGUGUGCAGCGUCCCGUGGACGUGGUGUUCCUCCUGGACGGCUCCGAGAGGAUGGGUCUGGAGAACCACCGCCGGGCCAAGGAGUUCAUCGACAACGUGGCGCGGCGCCUGACCCUCGCCAACGGCCAGUCGGACGAGCGCAACGCCCGCGUCGCCCUGGUGCAGUACGGCAGCCCCGCCGAACAGCGAGUGGAGUUCCCGCUCACGCACAACCUGACGGUGAUCGCCGACUCGCUGGCGGGAGUGACCUACAUGGACUCUUCCUCGGCUCUGGGCAACGCCAUCAUCCAUGCGGUCAACAAUGUGGUUUAUCGAUCAGGCGCUCAGGGAACCCGCUUUGCUCGCCGCAACGCCGAGCUGGCCUUCGUCUUCAUCACCGACGGCAUCACCUCCGGCGAGCAGCUGGACGAGGGCGUGUCCUCCAUGAAGCGCGCCGAGGGCGUCCCCACGGUCAUCGCCCUGGGGACCGACACCGACGAGGAGGUGCUGACCAAGGUGGCGCUCGGCGACACGUCGUCCAUCUUCCGGGGCGCCGACUACGCCGUGUUGAACAAGCCCUCCUUCUUCGAGCGCUUCAUCCGCUGGAUCUGCUAGUGAGGAGCGGCGCCGCAGGAUCAGGGUUUGUAGAACGGAGGAAGGGGGCAACGUCAACCACCAACUUGAUGGGAACCGGAGGCAAAGCACUGAUAGGUUCAGACAGUUUCAACGUGACUUUUUUUUUUUAACUCGGGCCAAUCACUAGAUUGUUCUAUUCUUUCUAACUCUACGGUCAGAUGUCCCGCCAAAAGACACUCGUCGACGAUUUGUACGAUAAGGCUUUUAUUUCCUUUUUUUUUUUUUGCAGAAGAUAAAUAUUUUUUUUCUCACCGUCAAUAUUUACAUUAAAAGGUGCUAAACGAGAGAGAAGGACAAAGUUUUGAGGUUUUUGUACCAUAUUAUUCUGUACGACUAUAGUUUGUCAGGGGGAUGGAAACGGAAUAAAUGCCACGAGAUUCGAACACACGCUCAUAUUAAUUCACAGACACACAAAACCCCAUCUGUAAACACAAAAAUCCAAUAAAUCCAAAUGUGGUAACUCCAA